AUGUCUAGCCUCCAAUCUCAUACCACCACCACCAAACCCUCAGAUGUUCCCGCUGUUGAAGGGCAUAUGAAUGCACCUAAGCUAUUGUUUCAAAAACCCCAACCUAGUGGGUCAAAGAGAGCUGCGAGCUUCUCUAUCUCGGAAGAUGAUCAGAAAAAAAUCAAGAUCGAACCCGGCUUACCCUCUGCAGUUGUGAAGAAAGAGUCUCGCAUAGAACCCAGCCGAAGCGUUACAAUUGUGUUGUCUUCUGAUCCCCCGUCUCCCAUCAUUAAAGUGGAACCCCACUCGCCGGCCCGGUUUGGUGACAGCAAGGGCAUGCCAAUUGAACUGUCCUCCGAUUCCUCCUGGCGUGAUGAGAUACGCUCUUCCCAAGAUGAGAAGAACAAUGCCGGUUCCGACGGUGUAUCUUUGACUCAAGAUGUCAAGAUCGAACCAGGUGAAACUUUGGACCUUGCUCCGGCCGACUCAGAAGACCCGGUCAGAGCUCACGCCAAGGCUUUAGAAAGCUUUUUGCAUCAUUGCAAUGUUCCCAAAGACGACGAGAUGACCCGAACCAUCCUUAAGCGUGCCGGCGUGAAGUCUUGGACCGACCUCAUUCCCAGCGUGCAAUUUACGGAAUCCUCUCUAACUACGCGAGGCAUGCACCCCAGUCUCGCCUCUUAUCUCCUCUCUGAAGCUUUGGAACGAGUCAACAAUCUCAAGGAAGAAAUCGAUUCCAUCCAAGAUGAAGACGAUGAGCUCAAAUAUGAACAAGAAGCGCUUGAUGUUUGAUCUCAUUCACCCCUCCUUUAUGUGUACACCGAGAGAUAUCGCUUUCACAUGUUUCUCAGUUGUCCAUCAGAAUAUUAACCCCACACAAAUUUUGAUUAAACCCUGCAAUGUUUUUUAUUGUUCCAUCCUCUUUUAUACUCCCUAAAGUUUGAGAUCAAAACCUUACAAUACAAAUCUUUACCCUGACUACUUACUCAGGUAUUAAGCCUUUUUGAUUGAUCUGACUUGCCACCCCCUAAAACUUCCUGAUGUUCUGUUGCGCUCCCGAUUUCCCCCUACAAACUUUAUUGUUGAGCUCCCAAUUUGUUUUAUGUUGCGAUAUAUCCAAAUGAUACAUUUGUCUUGACGAUUGUUCCCGAAUUGCUUUCAUUGUUGCACUGCCGAAUUGUUUGAUGCGAAAUAACCAACUCAUAGUUUUGACUUGCCACU